CAUCUCGGCAGAACACCGGCUUUACAGCGCUACCGGGCGCUGUUUGUGUUUUACAGCCCACAGCUGAGAAAGUAGAGGGAGAAAUGGGUCUCUGAGAGCUGAGAUUUAUAGAAAUGCCCUGUUUUAUCUGAACUGAUAGAGUUAGAGCGGGGAUGCUUCGAAAUGGGAAAUAUCUUCGGGAAAAAGAAGCGGACUCGAGUCACAGAGCAGGACAGAGCCGUGCUGCAACUCAAGCAGCAGAGAGAUAAACUGAAGCAGUACCAGAAGAAGGUCACACUUCAGAUGGAAAAAGAGAGACAGCUGGCCAAGCAGCUCUUAAAAGAUGGCAAGAAAGACAAAGCACUCCUGCUGCUUAAAAAGAAGCGCUUCCAGGAACAACUUCUGGACAAGACAGAGAACCAGAUCAGCAACCUGGAACGCAUGGUUCAAGACAUUGAAUUUGCACAGAUAGAAAUAAAGGUCAUUGAAGGACUGAAGGUUGGAAAUGACUGUUUAAAGAAGAUGCACGAGGUGAUGUCAUUAGAGGAAGUGGAGAGAAUUAUGGAUGAGACCCAUGAUGCCAUUGAGUACCAGAAGCAAAUUGAUGACAUUCUGGCAGGAUCUCUGACUCAGGAGGAUGAAGAUGCUGUGUUAGCCGAGCUCGAGGCUAUCACUCAGGGUGAAGAUGUGGAGCUUCCUGAGGUACCUGAUGAGCAGCUGCCAGAAGUUCCAGAGCAGGAACCAGAACCAGCUAAGGAAAAGGAAACGCCGAAGAAGAAGCCAGAGAGAGAGAUGUUGGCCGUGUGAUGUGGCCGAGUCUCACUCGUGCAAAAGACUUGUCACGUUUCUGUCUCCACUUGAGCUGUUUUACCCUGCUGGAAGCCACCAGGGACUCUUCAGUGCCACACCUGAUGAAAACCUCUGUUUUUAUAAAAGAGUAUUCAGCAGAAUUCCCUGCUCAAGCUGCUCAAGCCUGGAGUUCUGGACUCCUCUGACGCCCAACAUAGGUUUAUAGUAUGUUAAAAGCUGGUGUAAUGAAGAAUGUGGAGGUUUUAGGGUUUUAAAGGAGAACUUCAAUGUAAAAUGGACUUUUUUUUGUGUAGUAAAACAUGAUAAAAAGUACUUACCUUUGUUGAAUAGCCCGCCGCUGCUCUCCUGCAGCUUUCUGAGAUUCAGUAUUUUGUGCUUUUUGCCCAGAACUCUUUACAACGGCCACUUUUGGGCAUAUUUUGCUCCAAUAAAUCACUUUUUACACCGUUAUCCAGCUCAAAGUAGCUCCACACCUCAUUGCUAGAAUCUAGAGAGCUCUGACAUUUAAAACGAGGCAUUAAUGACUUGAAAAGUGCACAAGAAGCUUAUUAAAAACCACUGUUUACAUCCCAUAACACUUCUUUGUAGCUCAGAGUGCCUCCAUCACUGUACUGAUAAUGACAUAUACACAAAAUGUAGUAAUGAUUCAUUACUACAUCUCGUCGCAUGUAGCAGCUGUCACACAUUACAAAUACCUGCUUUCAUGCUGAAAUACUUUGUAUUGUGUUCUUUAACAAAGACAGACAUCUUUUAAAGUGCACUUUUAAACUUCUUAAUGCCUCGUUUUAAAAAUCAGGGCUCUCUGGAUCCUACCUAUAAGGUGUGGAGCAACUUUGAGCCUGAAUAAUGGUGUAAAAAGCGAUUUAUCAGGGCAAAAUAAAAAAAAAAUAUGCCUGUUUCUCGGAAAGCUGCAGGAGAGUGGAGGUUAGUACAUUUUUAUCAUGUUUUACAACAUAAAAGAAGUCAAUUUCACAACGAAGUUCUCUUUUAUGGGUUUCCUGCGUAAUAUAAUGCCCUAAUAAAUGAAUAAUUUACUUUAAUACUCUACCAGUCUAUUAACCUUUUAGCUGCCUGUCUCCCAAAUAUAAUCUUACUUACUUUCCAGGACUCUCCAUGACUUUAACCCACACGAUUAACGCUUCUGGGAGGAAAGCAGACUUACGAGAAUUAGCCUCCUAUCUGUAUUCUUAAUCUAUAUAAAUAUACUGCACUGAGAAGAGUCAGUGCAAGCCCAAUAAUUUACUCGCUGUGAAAAGAAAAAGAGGAAAAGGGGGCGUGUCCUGUAUGCAAGCCCCUCCUCUUCCUCUGCAUUAGGAGGACUGUUGUGACUGGGAUAAACCAGAGGCUCUAAUUCUGUUGAAAAGAAUCUCCCUCUUUCCUCUUUCUUCUCCAUAAUUUGUUGUACUGAUAAUCAUACAGACAUUUUUUUCUCAGUGAAUUAUGUAAUUAUGUAAUGUUGAGCCGUUUUUCUCGGCUCAUUCUAUGCAUUUUUACGAAACCGUAAUCAUAUCGUAUAUAUAUAUAAGGCCAAAUCGAGUCCAGUUCGAGUGAAGGUGAUUCAGUAAACGAGGCUGAAAUGGCCUCAGGCUUAUGUCUGAGUCCAUAAUAUGACUGUUCUCAGAUCAGUCUAGAAUUUCAUUACAAGUCUUAUGCUUUGCUCAUGAUUUUUCAUUUUGUUACUUUGCAACAAUAAAAUUAUUUUUUAAGCA